AUGUCGUGGUUUUCUUCGCUCUUCUCCUCUUCCAAGCCGCCAGCAACAUCGGGGCCGGCGCAGUCUGCCGCGUCCGACAAUCGAAUCCUUGAAGAACCCGUCCAGCAGCCCGAUUCUGUCGUCGAACCCGCCAAACCCUCGCCUUUACCGUCCACACAGAUCGACCGGCCGAACAGGAACGCCGUGAUCUUCGGAGCUGGCGCCGCCUUCUUCGUCUUUUCGCUUCUGAUCACAAGAAGAGCGUUUGCACGGAAGCGGCUAGCUUCAAGUCCUGCCUUUUAUGCCAACGCUCCGGGCCAUCAGGCAGAACAGGCCAAAAAUGUCAACGGCGCCAUGGAAGCUCUGGAGGCCUUGAAUCUGGCGACGGUCAACGUGCUCAGCAUGUCCAUGAUGGCGACGGGAGGCACGCUCUGGUAUCUCAACAUCAACAGCGUUGCGGACGCGAGGAGGAUGAUCCGCGGAGGACUGGGCGUGGACGGGACAGGCAGGUCGGAGAAAGACGCCGAGGAAGACUUUGAAGAAUGGCUGGCGACUACCCUGGCGAGGAAAGAAGCCAAGGGGGCUCAAGAGACGCAGACAACCGAGCGUGGUCAACAGCGCUAG